AUAGCGCCAAUUGUAGUGCGGACGAGGUUGGAUUCGUGGAAUUCGCCGAGGAAGUAUGUGUAUUAAUUUUCGUUUGCUCACGUAACCAGAGAAGCAAUGACGUCACAGAAGCAGCGACGCCAUGCUUCGGUUCCCGCGUUUAUUUCUUGAGAGAUAUGUAUAAAUAUAGUAAACAGUUUAUUCCAAUUUGGUUAUUACCAAGGAAUAUGUUUAUGCUGUGAUAAGCACACGAGAGCACCAACCUUACCGAUGGAAUUAUAUAUGCGUCCAGUUUUUAGCUCAGAAGAUGUCAACCUGUCGAGUAGCUUUCAGCGUCGAGUCUCGUUCAGCACAGCGUCUCGUUUCCGGAAGUACGCCAUUGCCCUGUCGAUUGUGUCGGUGUUGUUUCCGCUCUCCAGCGGAAUAGCUGCUAUAGUACUGAGCAGUCUCAAGAACAGCCAGACGUUGUUUGGAUAUGGACUGGACGCGAUUCUGGAUAGCAUGUCUUCACUGGUGGUCAUCUGGCGAUUCUUCGGCAGCUCCACGGUCGUGUACUCGCCCACCAAGGAAAGAAUGGCUUGUAUAGUUGUAGCGAACCUCUUCUUUGUGGCAGCGGCGUGUCUAGUAGGGAAGUCUGCCCACGCCCUGGCAGUGAACCUUGUCGAGGAUAAGUCGUUACAAAUCCUAAUUUUUGCCUCCGUAAGUGGGAUAGUGAGCGUCAUUUUGGGUACGAUGAAAGUCUACUUGGGUUAUGAGUUGGAAAGUAGAGUCCUGCUAACAGACAGCGUAAUAACAUUCACAGGGGCGGCGAUUGCGUUUGCUAACUGUGUGGGCAUGUAUGCACUGGAAAGUGACGAACGGCUAUGGAUUAUGGACCCAAUAUUUGGAAUUUUGUGUGGAGUGUUUCUGAUCGGGUUUGGAGCCAAAUUACUGGUGGACAUGACCUGUUGGUACAGAGACCCGUCCAAAAUGGAACUGAAGGAUGAUGAUAUGUACGACUAAUGGAGUGGAUCAUAGAUCAAAGAGUUGUCCCUCCUCGACUGGUCACUGGACCGCUACAAUGAGAGGAAAUACGGAUAUUUGAUCGUUUUCGUCGGGUGUAUUUUCAUGAACGGAUCUGCUGUACCACUACCAUAGGCAAUUAUUUAAGAUAUAAACAGGAAAAUAAACUUUAAAAACAUCGUC